UUUCUCGCUGUUAGACUAUACGUGGUCUCCACCAACACCCGGCGUUUGUUAUGGCUGAGUUUGUAGUCCUUUUCUUUCCGUAGGCUUUAAUCAUACGGAUAUUUUGAUGGAUUUGGCCUUGGUUUUGUGUGUUAUAUCAGUACAGAAGGGCAAAUUCGUCUAUCACGCUUCUUGGUUGGCUAGUAAACGUAAGGUUAGCUAAGUUCGCUAGCGUGUGCUAACUUAAGCUGAUGAACGUUAAGUUAACAGCUAACGUUAAAGCAGCGUUAACUGUUUAAUACACAGUUUUUCUUCCCAUGGAUUGUUUUUGAUAAAGUAUUCACCUUGUAGCUAUUUAAGUGCCGUUUGGUAAACCCAAAUCCCGAGCUAACUUACCUGGUUUGUUAGCUAAACGCUAACGGUAGCGGUAGCACUCAGCUGUCCCAACUGAGUCUGGCUCGAUUCUCUUCAAGCUGCCAGCUUGCAUCACCUGCUGCCAAAAUGAUGGAUUUUGAUAACAUAUUGGACCUCGCCUCGCAAAACCAGGGGCCCAGCCAUGUACAGAAGAGAUACAGUUUACAAGUUGCACCUCCCAAAAAGGACCCGAGGUCGAAAGGGGUAAAUCCUGCUGCUGUGCAGGCGCUUCUGAAGAAGCAACACGUUGAGACCAAAAAGAAAGAAAUUCAAAUGAAGAAAGAGAAGGAGGAACUUUUAGCUAAGAGGAUUGAGUUGAAGUCGGACCGUAAAGCUCGAGCCAUGGCUUCUAGAACUAAAGACAAUUUCAGGGGCUACAAUGGCAUCCCAGUGGUAGAGGUUCCUAAGAAGAGGAGAUCAAAACUAGAAAUGCAGGAAGAAAAAUCAAUGAAUGAAGAAAGAUUUAGGAAUAACUCCACUGACCCAGAGGAUGAUGAGGAUAAUUAUGAGUACGAACAGACAGAUUCAGAGCCAGAUCAGGAGCCAGAGCCGCUGAGACCAGGAAAGACCACAGGUGUUAGUGGGAAUAGUAGCAGCAAGCCCUCAGCCAAAAAAAACAGUGGGCCACCCAAGCCUGCUCCACCUCCCAUGAACUUUGCAGAUUUACUUAAAUUGGCAGAGAAGAAGCAGUUUGAGCCAGUUGACCUAAAACCCAAGGCAGUCAGAAAGGAGGAAAGGCUCCGCACAGCUGACGAGAUAAGGGAACUGGAGAUGGAGCGCAAAGCUAAGAGACAGGACAAAGACCGAGACUCAAAGUCAGAGAGAGAAAGAGACAGCAAGUCUCAGUCUAGCUCUAGUUCAAUAAGAAAAGCUGCUUUAGAGAAGGAGCAGAAGAACUGCAAGCCAAGUGCGUCAGGGAAGAAACUGCACCAAAUACUGACCAGUGAUAGAGGCCACUCUUCUUCUAAGCAUACUGUUAGUGACAGAGAAAGAGAGAGACCUAAAAUGUCUCAAAGUGAUAGAGACAGAUCCAAGACGAGCUUGUCUAGUUCAUCUGGUGCCAUAAACAGUAAAGUUCUCUCAAAAGCCACAUCUUCUCAGGUUUCAGCCAAACAAGGGGUCCCCAAGCCCUCAUCUAACCACAAACCCAGCACCUCAAGUGACCUUAGCUUCAAAAGAGAAAGCUCAUCCUUACUUCAGGGAAGAGCUUCAUGUAUUCCUGGGACCAGGUCUCCUGGUACAGCUGUAAUAGGCCAUAAAUCUCAACUUGGUAGCUCCCAACAGAUGAGGCCUGGUCAGGGUAGCUCAUUGAAGCAGGGCUCAACAGUCGGAGGCCAGAAAUCUGGAAAGGCAGAAUCCCUACGGACUGGAAUUAAUUCUGCAGUAAAAUCAAGUGGUAAUUCAGUGAUGAGACCCUCAUCAGGUGGCCCUCCUAAGGCAGGGAGCCAGCCUCAGGUGAGGCCUGGAGGCACACUUCAGGCAAAAUCUGGGGGCGUCCCACAGGCUAGGCCUGGUGGGAGUGGCCUACAGGGUCACCCUGUAGGUCGUGGAUCCCGACCUCCAGGGAUUGGACCAGGUCGGCCUGGUAGUGAAGGACCAGUACCCGGACGACCAACUGGCAGCACUGGAUCAGGACCUGGAAGACCCAAGUGCACUGUGGUGUCAGAGACCAUCUCUUCCAAGAAUGUUGGUGGAUCCAGAUCAGGAGGCCCUCCCAGGCCAGGCAUGCCUCCCAGGCCAGGCAUGCCUCCCAGGCCAGGCAUGCCUCCCAGACCAGGCAUGCCUCCCAGACCAGGGAUGCCUCCCAGGCCAGGGAUGCCUCCCAGGCCAGGGAUGCCUCCCAGGCCAGGGAUGCCUCCCAGACCUAUGAUGAACAGACCACCAGGUACAAUGUUACCACCUAUCACCUCUGCAUACAAGAGGAAAUAUGAGGAUGAGGAAGAUGAAUAUGACCCGGAAAUGGAUGAUUUUAUUGACGAUGGGGGUGAAGACCAAGAUCAGAUUUCUAGGCACAUUAAGGAAAUCUUCGGCUAUGAUCGAUCCAAAUACAAGGAUGAGAGUGACUAUGCUCUUAAAUUCAUGGAGAGCAGCUGGAGAGAUCUGCAGAAAGAGGAGGCCAGGAGCCUGAAAAUGGCAGUACAGGAAGAUCUGGAGGAGGAGAGAAGAGAGGAAGAGGAGCUGAAAAGGCUAAGCGCCAAGAGGAAAAAGAAGAACUGAAGCCCCUUUGCUGUUAAGAUGAAUUUAAAAACCCUUUGUCUCCUGAAAUAUGGAGCAGUAGGUCUGCUAUCUUCACACCAGUAACUGUCCACAUUGGCCUUUGUUGCUUUCCGUCUGCUUCUGUCCUUAUGAACAGACAAAAAGCGAGUGGAGUGACAGUUGACAUUGGCUCAAGAGGAAAAGAGAAGAACUUUAGUCAAAGACAACCUGAAAAAGUCAGACAAAAUAUGCACACAUCAUUCAGGCAUUAGGUCAUUGGGAUGUAAGGUCUCACAUUGUUCCUGUUAUAUUUAUUCCCCCCCCCCCACACACACACACUUUGUGCAGGGUUUACACUGUCAACAGUCCCAAUUUCUCAAAGGAAUUGAGUUGCAAGGAGAACUGUAAAUAUUCAAGAGUGUGAUUUUUUUUUUGUUUUUUUUUUUAGACUAACAAUGACAUACAAUGUCAAGUGUUGAUAACAUGCUAUUUUUGAGCAGAAGUUGCAUAUUUUUCCAAAUGUUGAUUGUAAAGUCAGUUGAAUAUGCAGAAAACAUCAGCACUUGAUGUGUUGUUUCUCCUUAAGUGAUUUGAAAUGAAAUUAUUGCAUAAAGGAUUUUAUUUAAAUGUC